AGAGUGAGACGAGGUGAAUUUUAAUUUAAAACAUUGACAACACUGAAGACUACAGCGCCAUCUGAAGCGUGGCUUCCGAUGUCAGUCGAUAGCAGCGACGCUACGGCGAAAAAACGAAACUCGCGCCGACAUCGAUCUACUCCGGUGGCGUGUUACUGAAAUUCCUUUUUUACGAACGAAUUAUUGAAAUAAACGCUCUACGCGUAAUGUCGGUGGUGCUGGUGCUUUGAAACAUAACGAACAACGUUUUGUGCAUGUUAUUUUAUAAUAUAAUGUUACCUCGUUUAUGUGCUUAGUGUAAGUUACAAUCGCUAUCCGAUAAGUGUGUGAAGUGACUCAAAAAUCGACUUUUAAACGCGUCUUGGAGAUCUGCCGAGUCGUGCAUGACUCCAAGCAGAGUGCAGUGGUGCAACUCGUAAAGGUUUAUUAAUUCCAGUGUUCGCCGUGCCGCCCACAAUGGCAGACACCGACACCGAGCCGCUGGCCAACGGCACGGGCCCGCUGUCCACCGAGGAGGAGGACGAGAGGCUGAAGCAGAGACCCGCCGACAUCGAUGCUGAUGUCCGCGAGAUGGAGCGUCGUAAGCGCGUGGAAGCGCUGAUGUCCUCGAAGCUGUUCCGCGAGGAGCUGGAGCGUGUCCUUGACCAGCAGAUGCACGAGGGUAACGACGCGCCAUUGCUGCAGAGGAUCCGCGAGAUGGUCGGCGGGAGACUGCAUACUGGGAGUAUGAGGGGUCCCGCAUGCGUGCUUCCCAUCAACGACAUCCGUGGUAUAGAGGGCGUCGGCUACGAGAAGGGAGAGAAGAUCCUCCGCUGCAAGCUCGCAGCCGUCUACCGGCUGGUGGACCUCUUCGGGUGGACGCAGACGGGCAACCACGGUCAGAUCACGGCCCGCCUGAACACGGCGGUGGAGUCGGUGCUGACGACGCCGCGCGGCCUGCUGCCGCACGAGGUGACGGCGUCCUCGCUCGUCAAGGUCGACAUGCAGGGCGCCGUGCAGGACCAGGGCACCACCAACUUCCCCGUCAACGUCGAUGGUUUCUCAGUGCAUGCAUGCGUGCACGCGGCGCGUCCGGACGUGCGGUGCGUGCUGCACGUGCGGGCCCCCGCGGCGCUGGCCGUGUCCAGCACGCGGCGCGGCCUGCUGCCGCUCAGCCACGAGGCCGCCCUGCUCGGGGACGUCGCCUACCACUCCGUCCCGCCCGGCGUACUCGACAACGCCGAGAAGGACAAGCUCGUCCGCGCCCUCGGACCCCACGCCAAGCUCCUCGUCCUCAGCGGCGCCGGAGCGCUCUGCUGCGGCGCUACCCUCGAGGAGGCCUUCCAUCAUGCGAGGAACCUGGCUGCCGCCUGCGAGGUCCAGCUCAGGCUCGCGUCUCUGCCCCUCGAUGAGCUCACGCUGCUAGAUGAGGACACUCGUAGACAGAUAUACGAGGCGUCCCGCAAGCCUCCGUCGGACUCGAGCAAGUGGCGCGUGGGCGGCGAGGAGUUCGAGGCGCUCAUGCGGAUGCUGGACAACGCCGGCUUCCGCACCGGGUACAUCUACAGGCAUCCGCUCAUCAAGAACGACGUUCCCCGGCCCAAGAAUGACGUGGAGGUACCUCCGGCGGUGUCCUCGCUCGGAUACUUGCUCGAGGAGGAGGAACUCUACAAGCAAGGAUUGUGGAAGAAAGGUCAAGGCAAGACGGGUGAGCGUACUCGCUGGCUGAACUCGCCCAACGUGUACCAGAAGGUCGAAGUGCUCGAGACGGGCACCUCCGACCCGAAGAAGAUCACCAAGUGGGUGGAUGCUAACAACGAAGAGUGGGUGCAAGACGGUUCCCCGGCGCACUCCAGCACUCCAGUCAAGAUCGACACGCUGCAGUUUGUGCCCAAGAAUACGAAUCCCAAGGAGUUCAAGGCGUUGCAGCAACAGAUUAAGGAGAACCGUCGCGCGGACAAGAUAAGCGCGGGCCCCCAGUCGCACAUCCUCGAGGGGGUCACGUGGGACGAGGCCAGCAAACUCAUCGGGGAGGACGCCGUCAACACCCACACCGGGGACCAUGUCCAAGUGCUGAUGGGCGCGGCGUCGAAGGGUAUAAUCCAGCGCGGGUACCAGCACAACGCGGCCGUGUACAGCGCGCCGUACGCGCGGAACCCGUUCGACCACGUCACCGACACCGACAUCGACGAGUACCGCCGCACCGUCGAGAGGAAGCAACGCUCCGACUAUGACACGGACUUGUCAGAGUCGGAGGCGAUCAGCGCGGCGCAGAUCACGUCGCCGGCCAGCGCGCCCUCCGAGACCGAGGAGGAGUCUCGUGACGAACACCGCGUACUGAGAAUAGAGACGAAACAGGCGCCUGUACGCAGCCAACCAGAAGUUGUACUCAGCGAUGUGGACACCACCGAUUUCUUGGCUGCCGAGCGAGCCCACGCCGAUCGGACGAAAGAUCCGCCCCGGGAUCCGAACCUAUUGUCGGACGAUGAGGUGUUUUACGAAUCGCCCGUACCACCGGCGAGCUCGCCGGAACAACGCGUCGUUAUCAGAGCGGCAGCGAGGCAGCCAACGGUUCUAUCGGAUGACGAGGUAUUCACAUCACCCCCCAAGCCUGUCGUGGUGCGCUCCCAGCACUACACCACGCCGCAACCAGUGCCCACUCAACCCAGUCAGCCCAGUCAGCCCAGUCAACCCGCUGUCAGAGGAGAGCACACACUGAACGGGGACCAUUCUGACGCGCACCAGAGCACAUUCUCGCAUAGCAGUAAAGAGGGCUCCCCCUCAAAGGAGGUGUCAACCGAGGACUCUCCGAAGAAGGACAAGAAGAAGAAGAAGGGGCUCCGGACGCCUUCCUUCCUCAAGAAGAAGAAAGAAAAGAAGAAGUCCAGCACGCCACAACCCGCCUAGAGGUAAUCCCACAGAUGAUCACUGCCAUCUCGCUUUCAGUACUUGUAAUGUUUUUUGUAAUAAUUGUAAGGUCAGGUCGGUCAGCUGUCAGCUUAUACAGCAUGGAGCGGUGGGCUGUACAUAUACUCUUGUGGAAAUAGAACAUGCUGUAUACGAGGUGGGUUCGUUCUUUUAAACUUUGUUAAACCACUAAAAAGAUACGAAAAAAGAUAUUUCACGACAGUUUGAGUAACUCACGACACUUGGGUUCUAAGACUCACGACACUUGGGUUCUAAGACUCACGACACUUGGGGUCUAAACCCUCACGACAGUUCAUGACCCACUCGUGAUAUUUUUUCGAUAUUCGCUUAGUUGGUUUUUGUAAUGUAUAAAACUCUAUAAAAUGUUUUUUAAUUAUUAUUAAUGUAAUUUUCUUUAUUAUAAUUGGGCAUUGAUAUAAAUUUAGUACGACGAACUCAUCUCUAGUUUUUAAGAUUUUUUAUUGAUUUUUGUUAAGAGUCGCUUAUAACUCCUCCCCUUUUUAGUACAAGCCUUUCAAAGGGGUGAAGCAAAUAUUACAUCAAUUUCGAUAAAAAAUAAUUGUGUUUCCAUGGUAACAUUGAGUUAGAUAUAAGAACGAAAAUCAUGAUAUUAGAUUUGUGUAGUUGCUGAAUUAAAUUAUACUUUAUUGCUAAGGUAUAGAAUUGAGCCUGUUACCAUGGCAACGCAGUUGUUUACACCAUUACGGCAUAAGUCAACAAAAAUGAACCCUAAAAUAUAUAAUCUUAAGGCAUUUUUUCAAAUUAUAACAAAUUUUGAAGGUUUUAAGCGACUUAAAAAUCUGUACAAUUUUGUUAAAAAGACCCACCCACCGUCGUAGCCGAGGUUAACGCCUUAAGCAGCUGCUACCACACGAUAGAUGGCGCUCGUAACGCAUUGAGCAUUUUUUCGGCACGUAAUGAGCAUUUUUGUGGAUUCUGCACUCGGCCCCGUGAUUUCGAGCGUGGCUUUGCGAGCAUCGAGCGUCGAGCGUACGAGCGUGUUUAGUAUAGGUGACGCUAUCAAAUAGUUCUUUAAAAACGCGUAAAUUCUUAUAAUUUAUUUUCCUUUUGACAAUACCAUUCUCAAGUUCACAAAUUUGCCUUGCCAACUUUCUAACGUCAUUGAGUUUUCUUUUAUUUUUUUUACUAUUUUUAUCAUAGUUUCUGACUAGUAACGGGUGUCAACUGAAAAUGCUGGCUUUCAGGCAGCUUCUGAAACCGGCGUUAUACUGUAACUGAUGCAACAUGUCCUUUGAAAUAACCUAACAUGGAUACUUGGUUUUAUAUUAAUUAAGAUUAUUACGUGGCCUUUGUAUUAGAGAUUUAAUAAUUGUAAUCAUUUUAAUCUGUAUAUCUAGGAGAAUUUGUCACACUGACAAAGAAAACCUAAAGGCCAAUUGAAAAAAACAUUUUUAAAAAUUUUUGAACGCAAAAUUGCGAGACGGUUCUAAACAAUCUGUAUCCCGUUUUUGACAAUAACAUAAAAUAUAUCAUGUAUUGUAAUCUAAAAUUAACCAAUUUAUUAAUAGGACAAAUUCAGACAUAAUUAUAUACAGAUAAGUGAUAAACUAACAAUUAAAAAAGUACAAAACGCGGCAACUAUUGCCAGCAUUUUCAGUUGGCACUCAAAGCGAUGUGGUGCAUUGUUUUACAAUAUUAUUUCUAGACAGCAUAUAAUGCUUUCAUGUUUAUAGAGGGCGCUCUUGUCGAUUACCGCUGCUACGCCCGAAUACUAUACAGACAUAAGUUCCGAGAUACAUUGACUCAAGUUCGCUAGUUAGAAUAUCGGAGACUUAUAAUAUUAUUGUCUUUUCUAUAGUAAAUGGGCGUAGCAGCGUGUUCGAUCUAAAACCCUCGCCAUUUGUGCUUUUAAAUAAUUAUAAUAUCGAAAUAGAAUAUAUCUGUCACAUAGGAUGCUCUGUCAUUACUUACUACUGAAGUUAUCAACGGUUCGAGUCCGACGCUGCGUAUGAGUGACGCCAUCUUAAUUCCACACUGACAUUGACGUUUUGCUGUCAAUGUCACUAUUGACAGAUGAAUGAUCAAGUAGAUGGCGCCACUGUUCCUUUUGUGUCUUAUGAAGCUAGUGUCGGUCGUCUACCUCAAAAAUGUACAUGUUUUAAAUCAUUUUAGUUGAUUUUGCAAGGUGAAUUGGAUUGUAUUUUUAGUUGUGUAAAGUUUAUUUUCAUUUAAUAACUGACAGACCAUCCUAUAGCGUUGAUAUUAUAUUAAAUAUAAAAACAAAAAUAUAAUAUAUGUUAGCAUUUUAUGUAAUUAUAAGCAGGCUAGCCUACUUGUGUAGUUUUAACUUAUUUUUCCUUUUUUUUACUAUUUUGGACUUAAUAUAUGUAUGCGAGGGUUGUGUGACUUGGUCAUUAAGAAUUUUAUUUUACUGUAAUUAAAUGUUACGUAAUUUUACAUGGAAAUGUAAGGAAUCAAUUAACGUAUUAAAACUAAACUGCCAAUAGGACACUUUGACAAUCAAUUAAUUUUAUACGUAAUAAAGUUUCUUUUUAAUAUUUAUACUAUGACCAAGUUACACGAGCCAUUAAAAAACCAGUACAUUACAUGUUGUUAAAAACAUAUAUUAUCUUAUUUUUUUUAAAUAAACAGAAGAGUAUACAUUUUUUAUUUUCGUAAACCCUUUUUUAUGUUCAAUUUGACAUUACCUAGAGUUCGUCUAGUGUUUUUUAAAAUGACAAGUUGCAUGUUGUUUUUCAAACGGUUGCCUAGCAACGAGUUACGGAGGGCUCCCGACCAAAUCAAGUGAGAUUGAAAACAUUGAAGUCUUGUGCGAAUAUAAGAUUUCUUUUGUAACUAAUUUGGUCUAGAAAUUUUAAAGUUUCUCUCGUCUACCGGUAACUCGUUGAUAACAAUCGCUUAAAUAACCAAUACUUGGGUGUUAGCUAUCAAUGAUAAUCAUUUUAACCUAUAAACAAUACAUUUUGACAGUUUCUUUUUUUAGUUUUCAUUAUAUUUUUUUUCCUUUGUACCCGGUCACAAAUCUUCGGGCGAUUAGAUGUAAGGAUAGCUUAAAAACGUUAUGUUUACGAUCUAUGUGUAUUUUUUAUUUCGUAAAAAUAUAUGCUAUUUGAAAAAAAAAGUUUAUUAUGAAUU